AUGAAUAAAAAUGUUUAUAUUUUCUUGGUUUAUGGCAUUUACUCAAUUCUUAUGUUUUCAAAAUCCUUAAGAAUGCAAAAAAACAUAUUUAAGUAUAUAACUCCUAUUUCAAAAAAAUUGAGUUUAACAAAAUUUCGAAAAAUCAAAUUUUUUAGAAAAAGAAGUCAGCUAAAAAGGGUUAAAGUAUUUAACGAUGUCGUGAAUAAGUACAUAGGACUUGACCUGUUCUUCAAAAAACUGAAUCAUGUAACAGACACGCAGGAGAAACUUAAUUACAUAAACUUCUUACACAAAAUUGUCGAAGACAAAACAUGUGAGCAUCUGCUAUUCAGUAGCAAUCACAUAAGAACAAUUAUAUACAUUUUGAAUGAAAGAUUUUUAAUAUUGAAAAAAAAUGAUGAUAUAAAUGAUUACAUAGAUUAUCAAAUAAUUUAUAAACUAUUGCUAAUAUUUAAGAAUUUAACUAAAUAUAAAAAAUUUUAUCGCAUAAUACUUAACGAUUUUACACAUAAAAAUGUCAAAAUAUCCUUGAUUUAUGUUAUUAUGAAUAUAUUGAACGAAAAAGACAACAAUAAUAAUAGUUAUAAUAACAAUGAGACAUAUAAAGAAGAUAACUCUUUUCUCAGCUAUUUUAUAUCUCUUUUUAAAAAUAAUUCAGAUGUAACAAAGAAUCAAGUCACAGAUAAUACAUCUGAUGGGAAAAAUUCAAAAAUGAUAAAAGGGAAAAGCCAAAUGAAAAGUGAAGAUAUAGAAGAAAUUAAAAAUAAAAUUGUUCUUCUAGGGAAACAUAUAUUACUAAAAUUGAAGGAGGAAAAAGUAAGGGUAGAUAAUAUGUCCAAUGAAUGUUAUAACGCUGGAGAAGAAGAACCAAUACUUACAAAUGAGGUCUAUACAAAAGAUGAAUUCUGUUACGAUAAAAGGGAUGAAAGCAGAUAUCAUCCCUCUACAAAGGAAGAAUUAGAAUCCAUGGGAGAUAAUGAUCAAUACUCCAGCAGCAGACAGAAUGAUGAAAAUCCUCAUAUUGGCAAAUAUCAAACCGACAUGAGUGAACCCCCAAUUAAACAGAACAAAAGGGAUGUGACAGAGCCGGGUGUGAAAAAAGCAGAUGCGACAAAAGCAGGAGCGGUAAAAGCAGGAGGAGCAAAAGCAGGAGCGGUAAAAGCAGGAGGAGCAAAAGCAGAUGCAGCCAAAGCAGAUGCAACCGAAGUAGGAGCGGCAAAAGCUGACAAUUGGGGAAGUCAUAAUAACAAGGGAGAAGGAAAUCCUCAAAAAAGUAGCUCCUUCACAGAUGAUGAUCAGCACAUAAAGGUAAUCUCAUAUGAGAAAGGAGAUUAUUAUAAAGAAGGUCUAGCACAUGGAAGGAAUGAAAGGUACAUGAACACGAGACUAAAGCAAGGGGAAAUACAAAGUGACGAAAUGAAUCAAGUAAAUAGAACAGUAAGUAACAGUCAAGACAAUGUCCUUUUUAUCCCCUUUUAUUUUAACAAAAACUCUAAGGAUAAUAUAUUAACCAGUAUAUUAGUACAAUUCCAAAAUGCAAAUGGAGUUGUCGUUUAUAAGAGAAAAAUGCGUUAUGGAUUACAAGAUCGAACAGAUGAUCUACAUCCACGCACAGAUAGAUACACAAAAAAAAAAAACAUAAUCGAGUGUAUAGGAGAAGAAUACAACUGCAAUAAUUAUUUCGAAGUUUAUGAAAAUUACGCAGAAGAUGAUGUAGAUAUAUUGAAGUAUGAGAAAAAUAAUAACAGGAAAAAGUUUCAUAUAAGAGAAAGCAAACAUGAAAGGAGGGAUGGUGGUAUAGAUGAUAAGAUGAAUUCAAGGGAAGAUGUGCCUGAAGAAAGGAGAGACAUGGAGGAGGAGGGGGUAGAGGAGGACGAGAAAGAAGAAGAGGAAGAAGAGGAAGAAGUAAAAGAAGAAGAAGAAGAAGAAGGAGAAGAAGAAGAAGAAGAAAAUGAUGAUGAGGAAGAUAUAGAAGAACAAAACUAUGAGGAAGAUUUAGAAAACGAUGAACAUGAUGAUAAACAUGAAUAUAAAAGUAAGUAUGAUGAAAACAAAGUUAAUAUAAUUUUGAAUGAUUAUAAUGUUAAUAUAAAAGAUAUUGAAAAUAAACCAGAGGGCACUACUAACGAUAUUUCAGAAAAUAAAAGCAACUUUUUAAAUAUGGGCUUGCUAAUACUUAUAAAAAAAAAUAUGCAUACUGAGGAUGACGGAUCGAUAAGAUUGAACACAGGAAAUGAUUCGGUGAAGGAAGGAAUAUAUGAGAAUUUUCAAAUGGCAUCAGAAGUCUCAACAACAGAUCUCCCUCCAAUAGAAACCUCUCGCACAGAACCCGCAGGAAAAACGUACACGAGCAGCAAUAAGACUGAACAGAUGAACCGAUUACACAACUACCUGAAUGCACAGAAGUAUCUAAACAACAAAGAUUUGAAGUUUUCCCUUUGCAGAAAAAGCGAACCAAGAGAAGCACAGAGCAGUAGACAGAUGGAAGGAUUAGAACAAAUAUAUAUAAAGCAUAAAGAAGGUGAAAAAAGAGAAAAUGCAGAAGGUUAUGUUCUUACAGGUUUUAUUCAUUUUAAUCUAGAUUUGCUAAAAAGUUCUAAAGUAAGCAAUGAUGAUAAUAAUGUAGAUAAAGGAAAGAGUGCUAUUAAUAUUAGUAACCCAUACCUAAACUUUGCACUGGUAGAGAAUUACAUCGAGUGUUUGUUUAAAUACAUAGAUUUGAAUUCUUAUUUUACAAAUAAGUUGUUAAAAUUGUUGUACGAAAUUUUAGUAGAAAAUAAAAACUCAGUAAUAUAUAAUUUAUAUUAUUAUACUAUUAUGAAAAAAGAGAAUAUGAAUAAAAUUAUAAAAAUAUUAUCAAAAAAUUUGAAAAAUGAUUUAAAUAGAUCUAACAUAACGCUAAUACUUAGGAUAUUGUAUAUACUGUCUUUUCAACAAGACUUUUAUAUUAAUAGAUUAAAAAGUAGAAAGAGCAACGAAAAUUAUAUGUUUGUGUAUAGAAAUAUAUCAAAAUAUUUGCAAGAUAUAAAAGUAGGAAGUUUUAUUAAAGAAUUGCAAAAAUGGGGUGAAUUAAUCGAAUGCUUAAAAUCGUUAUCCCUCUUUUUUGAAAAUAAGUACAAAAAUCAAAACUCCUAUUACAUAUCAGAUGAAAAAAAAGAACGAUUUUUGCUUGAUAAUAAAAUUUUUAAAAAAAAAUUAAAUAAUAUAUACAACAGACAUUUCAUAUGUGAGUAUAAGGACUUAAUUAUUAUUCGAAAAACAAAUAUCUUGCUAAAGGCUCUAGGGGUAAACAUGUUCGAUUUAUAUAAUGAUAUCAUUUUUACAGAUAGAGAAAAAAAAGCACAUGAUUAUUUGAUGAAGGAAAAUGAAAAUCAAAAAAGUUUUAUUCAUCAUGCUAUUCACACAUUUUCCAAAUAUUUUAUUAAUACCAAAAGGUACAUUAUGAAACAUAUCCUGGAGGAAAUUACCUCAAGAGAUCAGGUGCCCGGAAGAUGCAACGGUUUUGUCUCUACUGCACACUGGAAUAAUCCAUCAGUAGAACAAAAAAUUCUUGAGGAGAAAAAAGGUGGGAAUAGUAUCAAUGGAGUAAAAAAUGAGUCAAUGUCAAUGAAUAAUUAUUCAACGUGUAAGUCAACAAAAGAAUUUCAGCGCCUUUCUAGCAAAGAGGGAGAAGUUAAUCAGAGGGGAAAAAGCCAUCAGAAGAGUUUUGAAUCUUCAAAUGGAAAGAAACAACAAGAUGCCAUUCCAUUGAACUAUGAAAAUGGUAACACGAACGAUAUAGUGGAUAGAAAAAACAGGAAGAAGAGAAUGUAUUUAUACAACCUGAAUAGCAAGGAACAUAUAAGCAUGGAUAAAUUUCGAAACCUAGUAAUAACAUUGAAAAGGAAAAAGAAAAGGAAAUUAAGAAUUUUAUGUUUGGAUGGAGGAGGAAUAAGAGGAUUAUUAUCAAUAGAAAUAUUAAAAUGUAUAAAUAGUCAUUUAAAAAAAAAUAUAUUUGAAUAUUUUGAUAUAAUAUGUGGAACAAGUACAGGGGCUAUAAUAUCUAUUUUAAUUGGCCUUGAAAAGGCACACUUAAAUGAAAUUGAAUUUUUGUAUAAUUUGUUAAUUAAUAAAAUAUUUCAAAAGGACAUGUAUGCUGUGAGGAACACUAGAUAUUUAUUAAAACAUUCCUAUUAUGACUCUAACAUUUUGAGUAACAUUUUGAACUCAUUUUUUAAAAAUAUAAAAAUGUUUCACUAUAAUGCAGAUUUUUUCACGCCCUAUGUUUUUACUGUGUCUACUCAGAUGAAUGUCACACCAUUGCAACCGGUAAUAUUAAAAAAUUAUAAUAGUAAUUUGAACAUUAUAAAAGGUAACAAAGGGACAAACGGAUUGGAUGCCCUUAUAUCUACGAAUUAUGAUUCGAUUGGUGAUGAGGAAGAUGAUGAAAUGGUCCACGACAGAGGAGGUACACACACGCUUAAUGAUUUCUCAAAUGGUGAUUUAGAAGAUGAGCUGAAGGACAAGCCGAAGGGCGUUCUAGAAGAGGAGAAAGCCUCCUGGAGAGAAAAAAUACAAACGAACACAGUGUACAUAAAUCAGAACAUAAACAACGUAAGUAUUUACAAAAGCUUUUAUAACAUUUUUGUAAAAUAUGUAUUGAGGUGUACUACAGCCGCUCCAGGAUUUUUUAAUUUUUUUUCUUUUGAUAAUAACAUAUACGCAGAUGGUGCAAUAUGUUUUAAUAAUCCUACUUUAUUAAGUUUAAAUGAAAUGAAACUCAUUUUUUAUAACUACUUAAAUAAUCAAAAAAAUACACUUUUAUACAAAUUAAAGCAUUAUUUUUCAAAAGAUAAACAAACAGUACUAGAUGAAAAAAAUAAGGCAAUAAACUUGAAUGACUAUAUUGAUUGUAUUGUAAGUGUAGGGACAGGUAAAUUUAAACCAAAAAAUAUAAACGAGUUGAAUGAUAACAAAACUUAUGAUACAUUUUUACGAUGGGAUGUUUUACUUAAGCAAAUUGUCUACUCAAUUACAAACACAGAAUUGACACAUGAUAUUUGUAAUAAUUUACUUGAUAAAAAUAAAUAUUUUAGAUUUAAUUGUUUUAUAAAUAACAUAAAAUUAGAUGAAACUUCACCUGAAAUUAUUAACAAAAUGAAGCAAAUUGGAAAAAGAUAUUUCCAAGAUCACAAGUACAACCAGGAGAAAUUAAUUAAACUAAUCGACAUUUUAGAAGAUCCUUCAGAUGUGAAGGAAUAUCAGAAUAGACAAAAAAAAAUAUGGAAUCAAUCCUACUUAGAUAAGUUCAAGUCAAAAUUUUCCAACUUCCUUUUUCCAAAUCAUAAAACACACUUGGAUAGAGGAGAAAAAUCAUUUUUCUUUUCUUCUACUAACCUUAAGAGUGGUUCCCUUGAGGAAUCAACUUCACCUGGUAGUGAAAAGGAAAACAUUGUAAUAAAUCCUGCCACAGCUGAAAAUGCAGAUAAUUUCACAACUUCUAAUAACGUUCGCAAUGAUACUAAUGGGAGUACAAAUAACAAGGAUUUCUUAAAUUCAGAACAGAGGAGAGAAAAUAUUCACACCUCCUCGAAUCAUAUGAAUACAGAAAAGAAGGAAUCUCAUCAAACACAUACAGAAGAUCGUGGCUCGAAUCCAUAUAGAAACUUCAACUUUAACUUCAUGAACGAAGAUGUUAAACUGGAUCUAAACAACAUUGAAGAAAUAUUAGAUAUUAUAAAUAAGAAUAGCAAUACGGAUAGUAGUAGAAGUACCUCGAAUGGAUUCUUCAACUAUUUCACAAAUCUGUUUUAUAAUAAUAAUAAAUUUUUGAAAAAACUAGAAAAUAUGCACAAAAAUAAUUUAUUUAAUAUAUCAAAAAAAAAGGAAAAAAAUAACUAUGUUAAUGUAGUACCGAACACAGGUAUUCGUGUUUUAUUAAAUGAAAUUUAUUUUAUUCUUUUAAAAAAAAAUUUAUAUUUUCACACGGAUGAGUAUUGUUCAUCUGAUGAAGAAUUAAUAAGUAAGAAAAAUUAUGACAUUAACAUAGAAAAAAUUAUUCCAUGUAAAAUGCCUACGUCUGAAGGAGCAGGAGGAAAUACUGCAGCUCCUGCAGCACAUACGAAUGAGCAGGGGGAAAAUAUUCACAUGUCUUGUGAAAAUAUUUCAAGUAAUUCACAAAGGAAUGAAGAAAUUCCAAGAAAUAAAUCAGAAACAAGUAGUAAUGAGAACGACAAAAAAACUUAUACAAACCUUAUGAACGACGCAUCAUCCGAUGAGGAUGUGUAUGCUGAUAGUUCUCUUAAAACUAAAGGGUCAUUGAAUCAUUCUAAUUUGGGUUUCAAGAACAAGCAUCAAAAUUUUGCACUCAGUAAGAAAGACAUAAAUUACGACAAAAAUGAAAAUUACUAUUCUGAACGUACAGGACAAGAUUCCAUACGUGAGAUAUUGUUAAAAUAUGAGGGAAAAAAUAUUUCAAGUAUCGAUGACAAAUCAGAGAUAAAUAAAAAAAGAUCUUUCAAAAAUGGUAUGAAUAUGAAUCAUAUAAACUAUGAAUUUUUUAAGUCUAUGAGUACAGAAUCAUCUGAUGGGAAAAAGCACAAUAUAAUACAAGUACUAAGAAAUAUAUUUUUUAAAGAAAACACAUAA